AUGGCUGUGAGUUAUUCUUUGGAUUCAAGUAGUACAACCAAGUCCAUAGUUAUUCCGAUUGGUCCACUAUCACCUUAUUCUGGUGAUUUUGGUGAAUACUUCUCUGAACAGUACUCUGUUCUCAAAUUGGUCUUGUCUUAUCUGAACUAUUAUGAUCUUAAUACACUUCGUGAAGUCAAUAGUUCUUUAAAAAUGGCUACUGAUAUACUCUUAAAGAAACGUACAUGGAUUCAAGCUGCUUCUCUAAAUUAUAUGCACGGAACUGAUCAUCGACCAGAACCAAUACACAGUGGACAUUUUAUUGAUUUAAGAAUUGAACCAAAAGUGUUGUUUACUUUUGAAGGUAUGGCUGGUGGACCUUCCUCUAGAUCCAGGCCAAAAAUUUGUAUGCGUUUACGAGAUAGAAAUGAUAACCGUUUCUUUCCUAGGAGUGAUAUAGUGCCAAAAUCAGUUAAGACAUUUGUACCAAUUGGUGCUAAAGGUAUUAUUUAUCCAGACAAGAAUGAAAAAAAUGAACUGAUCACUGUUCAGACCAUGAUGCAUAAAAAACUUGCACUUCUCUAUUUACCUACAACUGACAGUUAUGAUGUAAGUGUAUUUACUCGUGUAGUUACAUCUGACUCAUUUAUACAGGAACCAAUACGAGAAUUUUUUCAUAGUGAUCCACGUCCUAUAAGAGGAAUAAUAUUUUUGAAAGUCGGUGCACCACAUAUUGAUGGAAUGAUAAGGUUUAUUGUGAAAAUGGUAUCUAAUAAUCAAUCCGAACCUUUUGCAUUAUCUGGAGGACAUGUAUCAAGCUUAGAUUAUGAUAAUCCACCAAAAAAAAAUAUUCCUGGUGUUUUGAAGGCAAUUAUAUUUCGUGGAGAUGGUAUACGUUGUGUAUCAGAUUUUAUUGGUUCUACGACAGAUGACGGAGUGCUUGAGGGAUUAAAACAUACUGCACUGUAUGUAAACAAGACUUUUGGAAAACUGAACAUUCAUAAAACAUUCAUAAUGAUGUUCCAGUGCGUAGAUAGACAUUCAUUACCUAUUGAAGAUAAUAUGCAUCUUGCAAAAACAUUUCCAAAUAUCCCAAUUUUUGGUAUGCAGACUUGGGGAGAAAUUGGGUUUAGAUCUUUUAAAACACAUGAAUUGAAAUUUGCUCCUAAAAAGAGAAAGUUAUCCAUAAUGCAUUCAGUUAAAACCACAUACAUGAUAGUUUCUAUUGAUUAAUAUUAAUAUAAAAAUAAUACCUAAUAUUAAUAUAUUACUUUGUGGCUUGGUGAGGCGCG